UAUAUACAGUGACACAUUCAUCAUCCUCAUAAGAAAGUGUCUAACACAUGGCUCCAAAUUUUAUUUCCAAGCACACUUUUUCUGUUGUUGUUUUACUUGCAUCCCUUAUCUUUACCCCAAUAUCUUGUUCUCGUGUAUCCACUAGUCCUCCAAAAACAUAUUCAGAUGUUGAUCUUAUUGAGUUUGCUCUUAAUUUAGAAUACUUGGAAGCUGAGUUCUUUUUGUAUGGACCAUUAGGCCAAGGAUUGGAUGAAGUUGCUCCAGAGUUAGCAGAGGGUGGACCUCCUCCUAUUGGUGCAAAAAAGGCUAUAUUAGGUCCACUUGUUAAGGAUGUUAUCUUUCAGUUUGGUAUGCAAGAAGUUGGACAUUUAAGGGCUAUAAAGAAGGCUGUGAAAGGGUUUCCUAGGCCUUUGCUAGAUCUUAGCAAAUCAUCAUUUGCUAAGGUGGUGGAUAGUGCUUUUGGACAUCCUUUGUAUCCUCCUUUUGAUCCAUAUGCAAAUGAGAUUAACUUUCUGAUUGCAUCUUAUGUGAUUCCUUAUGUUGGUCUUACUGGCUAUGUUGGUGCCAAUCCACUCCUCCAAAAAGCUACUUCAAGAAAGUUAGUUGCAGGUCUUCUAGGAGUAGAAUCAGGCCAAGAUGCAGUUCUUCGAGCAUUAUUAUACGAACGCCGAGCAUGGAUCGUGCAUCCUUAUGGAGUAAGUGUGGCGGAGUUCACUAACCAGAUUUCAUGGCUCAGGAAUAAGUUAGGAAAAGAAGGUAUAAAAGAUGAAGGUCUUGUGGUGAACUCAUCCUACCCUGGCAAUAUUCUUGCUGGUGAUGAAUAUUCAUUGUCAUAUCCAAGAACUCCAGAGGAAAUAUUGAGGAUUGUAUAUGGAAGUGGUAAUGAAUCUGUCCCUGGUGGGUUUUAUCCUCAUGGAGCAUAUGGUCAUAUAGCAAAAUCUUAUUUACCAAGUACUUGAUUGGAGUUAUUGAGAGUUAAAUUCUCUUGUUAUUGUCUCUAUAUAUACUUUGUGGAAUAAGACCCUUGAGAGUGAAUAAUAUAAUAAGGUUUAAUUUGAUUAAAA